AUGUCAGCAACUUCGAUACGGAAUUUACAAGGGAGCAGCCAACCCUCACACCAGUGCAUGGCCAACUUACAGCCAAGGACCAAGCAGAAUUCAAUGGCUUCUCUUGGGUCAGUCUCAGUUUUGGUCACUUUUUAUAUUUGAUUGACUCAGAAACUUUUAGGAGUUCUGACUGUCCUCGGCUUGGUACGCACCCAUCGGCGCCAAGUGAUACUCAGGAGAGGGCUUGGAUGAAACGUCCUCUGGUUUCAUAUUCAACAGACUCAGAGUUGGAGGAUGGAACGGAGCAGGUGGUUCCUCCAAAUCCAGUCAAGAAAAGGUAUGCGGUAUGUUUUAAACAACGUGUCAGAAAAAUUUACGGCCUAGAUAGGAAGCUUUUACCAAAGCUGCCUUCUACUUUAUCCCCUAUCAUACCUCAAGAUGAUCCUUCACUGCAUCAAGGCCGCGUCAGAUCACAGCCUUUCGUCGACGGGCAGUUUGCUAGCCAUGUCUAUGUCACGAUACCACUAUCAGUGCUAGGUGGCCUUAUCAACGAGAUACUGGAGUCAGCUAAGCAAAUGUGUAAAGACCUGGAGCUACACCCUUUGAUAGACUUGGGACCUUCCGCAGCCCAUCAGAGAGACCCAUUAAAGGAGGUGAUACGAAAUAUUGCAAAAAGUUGCAGCAAGUCAGUCCUUUUAACAAAUAGACCUGUUUUCUUUUUGAAUAAUGAAGAAGGAACUCGUUCCUUUCUAACCUUGGAGGUCGGGGCUGGUCAUCUACAAUUAGCAGAAGUCUCUCAGUCGAUGGCUCCUUUCCUACAGGAAUUGCGACAACCUUCUUACUAUCUUCAUCCCCGUUAUCAUACAUCCGUGGCCUGGAUCCUAACGCUUUCGUCCGAUGCCAAACAAUUCCCAAAAGACCUGCCAGAGAGACUGGAAAGCCAAUUUGCGCA